UCAUUUCGGUUUUAUUUGUGAAUAAUCAAGAUACAAUAAGUUCUUUUGAGGUACAUUACAGAGUUUUGGAGUUCCUUUCAGCUGUGUGUUACAUCAUAAUCCAUUUUGGAAACAUUUAUUGCUUGUAAAUAAAGGUCACCAAGAGUAAGAAAAACUAAGAAAAAAACUUACUAAAAUUGCAUGGGAAAGGGGAUAGAAAUAGAGAAAGCAUAAGACUAGAUCAAAGUUUUUCACCCUUAUAGAUGUGCUUGAUCAUCAGCUCCCCAAGGGCCAGGAAUUGCUCCGCCUUGUUACGGCAGGUCCGAAACCGCGUCAUCAUCACCCCUGCGAAAGCAAAGAACUCUGGCAGGGUAAAGAGAUCUUCCCCGGUGACUUCUUGCUGGGCCGCAUUGCCGCUACCGGCAGCGACCACGCUGGCGAACGAUCGCCCCCAUCCAGGAGGGAACGCUGAGUUGUCCGCUGGAACCGUACGAUGACCAGCUGCCGGCACGGUUACGCUCGUGCUUCGCUGAGGAGGGUGGGACGCUGCUGCUUUCUUCUUCCUCUUUUUCUGCUCCACGAGGUAGUUUUUCGAUGCGCUGCAUCCACGGUAGUUGCUGGUAUGGUUACCUCCACAGUUGGCGCACUUUGCUCUGCCUUGUCCCCCAAGUCCGCCUUGCACGACAGUGCACACGCCUCAGAGAGGUGUGAUUCACCGCACUUCAGUAGAACCGCCAGUUUACCGAAAAACCGUCUAACGCUUUAGUUCGCCAGGUCUUGAAUUUUGACGGUGCCGCGGUCGAAGUACAAUAGGUAGAAGGUGUGUGUACCUGUGACUGUUGUCUUCCGCGAGAGGACUUUUAUGUCACGCGGCGUUAUUCCAGCACCCGAGAGGUCCUUCUUGAGGUCGGAGAUCGGGCGGUCUUGGUACCCCUGCAAGACGACCUUAACAGCUGUCUUCUGCACGGGGUCGAAUGUGUAAAACUUAAAGUUUUUACUCUUUAAUUUCUCCACAACCAGGUCGAAGUUCUUUUUGUCGAAUGUACAUUUGUAGUAGUACUGUAGUACAGUGUAGACGCACUUUUAUUGUGUAAACAAAAAUUGUCUAAAAAUUGAUGUAAAAGGUGGCUUUGAAGCUUAGUUUUUGGACUCAGGUGUGAAUCGUGAUUGAUUCUCGCGACCGGUGUAGUUAGUGGUUCGCGAAACGCAUGAUUAAUCGGAAAAAGUGAUAAGAAAAAUUGCGAAACAAACGGAGAAACAAGAAGCCAGGCAAAGUGUUUGGUGUGCUUGUAAUAGUGUGGCCGAAGGGCCAGCUAUAAAUCUGCACCAUGUCUACGAGCGUGCAGUGUAGUGUUUGUUCCGCGGCUAUCAAAGAAGGGAACGAAAAAAUUUAUUGUUUUGGACCGUGUGGAAAGAUAAUGCACCCAAAAUGCUGUGGUGAAAUAAAUAUGGAUGGAAUCAAGGCAAUGCAAACAAACAGAGGCCUGAAAUAUUUUUGUCAUGAUUGCAGAAACUCUCAAUGUGAUUAUAAUAAUGUGCUGGGAAUUUGUAAUAGUAUUUUGACAAAGGUCAACGAAACUGAAAAAAUGAUGAAAAAAGAAAUUACGGAACAAAUAAGGGAAUAUACUAAAACAGCAAACGAGGCGAACGAAAAAGGAUUUGUAUUGCUAAAAGAUUAUAUUAUGAGUGAGAAUAAAAAACUGGAAGAUAAAUUGUCUGCCAAAACCAACACUAGUGGGAGAAAUAGGAAAGAAGAAACAUCGCUCUCUGGCCCAAGUGGAAACACUCGCUCUCAAAGUAAACAAAAAACGGCAAAGGCUGGUGAGACGGGUAGCGUGACGCAGAACUAUGCUGAGGUUCUAAUAAACGGUAGAAAGGAAAGUGAAAUUGAUCAAAAUAGGGAAAUCCCUAAAGAAAAAGAGACUGUGAUUAUAAUUAAACCUAAGGAAGGGGACCAAUCGGCAAAAAAGACCAAGCAACAGUUGAAAGAAAAAUUAAACCGCACUGAAAACCACAUUCUAAAUGUGAGAGAGGGCAGAAAUGGAACUGUUAUACUGGGUGUCUUGGAUAACGUGGAAAGUGUAGCUAAAUCAGUCCAGGAAAAAUGUGGAGAACUCUUCAAUGUGACCGUUCCAAAACCAAAAAAACCAAGACUGAAAAUAGUAAAAGUGGCUGAAGAGCUUAAUGAAAAAGAGUUAAGAGAGGCCCUCAUUGAACAAAACGACGUAUCUGAUGAUAUAGAACUGCGAUUAGUGACAAGUUUUAAGAAUGGUCUUGAUGAAUACUGUGUGUGGACCUACAUCAUUGAAGUUGAUUCUUCUUCUCAUGAAUUUUUGCUUGAAUUAGAGAAGGUGAACAUAGGAUGGGAAAGAUGUAAAAUAGUGGAAUGCUUUGGCAUUAUUCGAUGUUUUAAGUGUUGUUGUUAUGGCCAUAAAAGUAAUGAAUGUAAGAGCGAUAGGGAGGUUUGCUCCAUUUGCGCAGAAAACCACAGAACAAAUGAAUGUAAAUCUGAAAUAGAAUGUUGUGCUAAUUGUUCGACAAUGAAUAGAAUGAGAGGUUUAAAAUUAAGCACAGAUCAUGUUGCAUUUAGUCGUGAAUGUCCUGUCUAUAAAAGACAAGUAGCCCGCAAACGCCAUCAAAUUGAUUACACUCGAUAGCAAUCAACGAAAAA